AUGGCUUUGAUGCUGGUCAAGUUUGAUCUGAAAAAGCGAGUGAAGCUCGCUCAGUCGGUCUGGUUCAUGUACUGGUUUGCGGUACUGGCCGGCGUGCUGGUCUUUAGCAUGGGCCUGUUCUUCAAGAUCGAGCUGCGAAAGCGCUCAGAACUUAUGGACAACAACGAGAGCCACUUCUUGCCCAACCUGCUCAUAUUUAUGGGUCUAAUAGCUUGCGGCAUCAACGCCUUCGGAGGCAAAGUCUGCUACGACUCUCUGGACCCGACCAAGUUUGCGAAGUGGAAGCCCAUGUUGAAGGCCUUCCUGAUGUUCUGCGUGGUGUUCAACGCCCUGCUGUUCGUCACCGCUCUGCUGUGCUUCCUGAUGAGGAUCCCCUUUCAGUUCACCCUGGCCGAGGGCCUGAGGAACGGCAUGAAGUACUACAAGGACACGGACACGCCUGGACGCUGCUACAUGAAGAGGACCCUGGACCUGAUGCAGAUGGAGUUUCGUUGCUGCGGAAACGACAACUACAGAGAUUGGUUUGAGAUCCAGUGGGUUAGCAACCGUUACCUGGACUUCAGCGCAAAGGAAGUCAGAGACCGCAUUGGGAGCAACGUGGACGGCCAGUAUCUGAUGGAUGGAGUCCCGUUCAGCUGCUGUAACCCCAGCUCCCCCAGACCCUGCAUCCAGCUCCAGAUGACCAACAACACUGCCCACUACAGCUACGACCACUACACCGAGGAGCUCAACGUGUGGAAGCGCGGCUGCCGCGAUGCCCUGCUGUCCUACUACGGAGGCAUGAUGAACACCAUCGGAGCCCUGGUGUUACUGGUCAUCAUGCUGGAGAUUGCCGUGACCAUCGGCAUGCAGUACGUCAACAGCUCCCUGUCCACCCUGGCCAACCCCGAGGACCCCGAGAGCGAGAGCGAGGGCUGGAUCCUGGAGAAGACCGUGAAGGAGACGUUCACCGACAUCAUGGACAAAAUGAAGGCCAUGGGCAAAGGGGGCAAGGUGGAGGAGGGGGCCGAGGCAGGGGUGGCGACGGUGAGCUGA